UCUGAUUCCAGCUAAUAAUUGAGAUAAUUAAAUAAUUCUUAUGCACACAUCCCCCGUUAUCCCUGCAUACUCCCUUCCAAUUUCACGACUUGAGCUUUUCACUUUUCUCCUUUUCUGGGGGUUCAUCUGCCUCUUCAUUCUGUGAAAAUUCACUUUUUCUAUUGUCUGAAUUUAGAUGUGAAAAUGAAUGACUUCUGUACAGAGGAACAGCUUCCCAGCAGAUCCAAGACCGGAAGCUCUGAAGAACUGAUUCAAAACUACUACGCACUUAAACACACAACAAAUCGGCACAAAAGGUUGGAAAUCACAGAAGGGGAUUCCGAAAUUAACAGAUUUCAGGACUGGGUCACGUGAUCAGAAAUGUAUACGUUCUGGAGAAAGGGAAAAGGGAUUCUACUUUCAAAAUAAAAGCCUGAUUGCGUCAUCUUAGCGGUUUGUCGCCAGCUCACGACGCAGUGUGUGUGUCGGUCGGCCUGUAGGAGGAGGGAGAUCCACAUCCAGCUGCCGGAGAGCCCGACGUCAAUGCGAACACUAGAGAAGGGUUUUAUUUUGAAAGGAAUCGGAAGUGCUACAGCCGGUGGUUCCAGCUGAGUGUUUAGAUUAGACUCAUGGAGGAGUUUCUGAUCAUGGACAGUACCGGGACAGGUGCGGGUCUUCGGGAUCCAAAGUCCAACGGACCCGCGAGACGAAGCAGAGCGCGGAGAGCCUGAACCCGAACCGGGCCAACACGAACCGUGAAGGUUCUUUCAUCGAGCCAGAGAAUCGGCAGACCGCUCUUCCACGGAUCUGAACCAAUCCGACCGUUUUAGUCCCGCAGGUGGUCUUUGUUCCCGGCAGGUUCUCAUGGUCAGCCUGACGGACGGUCACGGAAACGGCAUGACGUCAGGAGGCAAGACUGCACCCCCCCAGCAGCAAGGCAAGGGGCAUUUCUUUAAGCUCAUAGACUCUUUUGCCUGGGAGAUCGGCUCUCUGAGGAAAGAGAUGGGAGAGAAGAGGAAGCCUUCAGAUGGAGACCAGAACAUCCUGACUCUGCUGAGGCUCAGUAAGGAGGUGGGGGCUCUGUUCCUGCAGACCGCCGACCGUCCCCCGGCGCUCAUGGCGAGUGACCCUGGGUAUGCGUCUCUGCAGCGGCGCCUCACAGUUCUGGACCGAGUGACACACACACACUCCGUGUGGUUGCUGCUCACCCUCAGCCAGCAGGGGGCAGUCCGAAUCCUGCAGAGGCAGCCCCCUGGGACGUUCCUGGUCAGGAAGUCCAGCAGCCUGCAGAGGAAGGUCAUCUGUCUGCACACGGGCAGAGACGCCGCGGCUCCUGUCAGAGAGUUUCCCAUCAAGGAGAGCCAGUGCACCUUCUCCCUGGAGGGGUCCACCCUGAGCUUUGCUGACCUUUUCCGCCUUGUGGCCUUCUGCUGCUUCAGCAGAGAUGUUCUUCCCAUCACUCUGAAGCUGCCGGAGUGCAUCUCUUCAGCUGCAACCCUCAGCGAUCUGCAGGAGGUUUCCAAAACGGGCGCAGGCUUCUGGGAUGUUGAGCUGCAUAACAGCAGGAAGAGCUCAGUGUCUCCAUCAGGGACAGCGAUCCCCUGCAGACUCCGCCCACAUGUCCAAAGAGCCAUCUCUCCUGGGGGUGUCCAGGCAUUUUCUCUUCAAACUCGCCCUGUGUCUGCGGUGGACUGUCUCCAGGCCAACGGGGCGCUGUGCUUCUUCAAUCCUCUCUUUGCAAAGGUGCAUCAGUCAGGUGGGGGCACACAGAGCACCUCCUGCAUCCCUGACGCCACACGGGAACCCUUGAAGGGGGGGGUCAGCAUCACAGGAGAAGGUCACUCUUGCGUAGACAGUCUUCCGGUUGGUGGUGAGGGGGGCAGAGACACCAGUCCAACUUGGGGUGCCCCUGGCGGACCCCCUGCACCCCCUCCCUCCAGCACAGCUGAGCAGCCCCCCGCCCAUGCCGUAGGACCACGAAGUAUGCCGGGAAGGAUUUCCUGGACUAACUCCCUCACAGAGCAGAUGGAGAGGAGCAGCAGCCUCCUUCCUUGCUACAGUUCCUCAGAUGACAUCUGUUCUUCUAACCCCCCCCAAAAAAGCUCCCCCAUACCCAUCUUGUGGCCCCCCCUGUCCUCCCCUCCACACCGAGCCAGCAGCUUCCAGUCAUCCAGUCUGGAGGAGGAUGACUCGGAGAAGACGACUCCCAGGUCUUCAGUUUUGACUGACGACGUGGUUUCUCUGGACCGGGGGGCUCUGGAGGGAUCUGCUGGGGGGGGGCCCCGCCUGAGCGAUAUGAGCUUCUCAACAGAUUCUUCAGACUCGCUGAGUUUCUCACAGUCCUUCUCCUUUUUCAUCCCCUUCCUGCAUGAGCCCAGCCCCCCAACAAUGGCAGACUUUGACACCCACCUGCCCCUGUCCCUCCCGCCCCCCCUCCUACCUAACUGCAGCAUGGAGGAAGAUGAGGAAGAUGAGGACGAAGAGCCGGAGUAUGGCGUGAGCCUGGACAGCGAUCCUGACCUGACCGUGGGGCCGGCAGGGCGGAGCCCCAAGCAGCCCCCCAGUGGGGGGGCCCUAGUCCUCCAGAAGGCCUUGAGAGGACGUCUGCGCAAGAUGAGCAGUGUGUUCCACUCCCUGCUGACCCCCCAGAAGAAGGCGGUCCACCGGGUGCUGGAGCUGUCCUUGGACAGAACUUCCUACUUUGGAUCCCUGGUUCAGGACUUUCUGAGCUUCAUGGUGGACGGGGGGGGCGCCCAGGCGUGGUUGAGCUUCUCCUCUGGACUGGAGCUGCUGCAGACCAUCCGUCAGUUCAUCACCCAGAUGAAGAUGUAUCUGCGACAAAGCUCCGAGAUGCAGCCCCCGCUGGAGAGCCUCAUCCCUGAGGACCACAUCGACCACGUUCUGGAGAGAGCCAUGCAUAAGUGCGUGCUGAAACCUCUGAGGCCCAUGGUGAGCGCCGCCCUGCAGGAUUUCCAGGUGCGCAGCGGGGCGUGGCAGCAGCUGAAGGAGAACCUCUCCCUCGCCAAGGCCCAGCACCCUCAGGAGAUGGGGGUGGCUGACAUGUGCCCCCCCGAUGCCGUGGCCAUAGAGAAGAUCCGGACCAAGCUCCUCAACAUGUGCGCGCUGUACUCCCCAGAGGAGAAGGUGAGGGUGCUGCUGGGCGCCUGCAAGCUCAUCUACACCCUGAUGGAGGACGCUGCAGGUCGUCUGUGUGGCGCGGAUGACUUCCUGCCGAUGCUGACCUACAUUCUGGCCCAGUGCGACCUCCCCGAGCUGGACAACCAGGUCCUGUACAUGAUGGAGCUGCUGGAUCCCCUGCUGCUGCACGGAGAAGGGGGGUACUACCUGACCAGCACCUACGGAGCCCUGUCCCUGAUCAAGAACUUCCAGGAGGAGCAGGCGGCCCGAGUCCUGAGCUCCGAAACCAAGAACACGCUCAGGCAGUGGCACCGCCGGCGCACCGCAAAACGCCCCGCCCCCGCCAUCGAGGACUUCCAGAAUUACCUGCGGGUGGCGCUGCAGGAGUGGGACAGCGGCUGCACAGCCAAGACUCUACAGGUGCGGCCCCACGCCACCGUGGAGGAAGUGUGUCGACUGUGUGCCCUCAAGUUUAAGGUGCUCCAUCCUGAGCGCUACGGGCUGUUUUUGGUCAUGGGGGGCAGCAGUCAGCAGCUGGGGCCGGACACCCACCCUCAAAAGUUGAAGGCUGAGCUGCACAGUAAUUCAUCCACUGCUCCAUUUCACUUUGUUUUCCGCCGUGUGUCCCUCACUGAUCAGCAGCCGUUGCCCCCCUGCCCUAGCCUUCAGGCUCCGCCCCCCUGCACAGCACAGUUUAGUGAGUCUACCCCCACCUGAGCAGUUCCUCAUGUGUGCUUGAGGGUCACAGAAUGACUGGAGGUAACUCUCUGCUGCCCCCUGCAGGGUAUUCCCUGAAAAUGAGUUCAACCUGGUUCGAGCACGUGCGCUGUAGGGUGUACAAGAUCAUUUGAAUGGUUUGAGUUGAAGAUGAAGCUCCGCCCACUGACAGCAGUGACUUCACCUACUCUUAAUUUUCUUGGCUUUCAACUGUAAAAAAAGCUCAAGACAUAAAAUCAACGUUUCACUCAGAAGGACAGUUUUCCCUCCAUCCCUCUUUUCAAACCCGUUUGAUCUCUUUUGGGUCACAGGGCUGGCUGAGGGCGGAGUUUACCUUGGACAGGUGCCCAGUCAGUUCAGAACCAAGCAACCACAAACAUUCACAAUGACGAUAAAAGUGCAGCUCCAGAACCACCAAUCAACCCAUGAAUCAGGUUUCUGGGCUGUGGGAGGAAGCUGGAGAACACCCACUCAUGAACCAGGAGAACACAGAAAGAACCCAGCAAGAAUUGGACCGGAACCGUCUCGCUGUGAGGGGAGAGUGCUAGCCACUACACCACCGUGCAGCUCCUUCUAAAUAUCCAGAAUUUUAUGUUUUCUGUUUGUGUGAAAUGUUGCUGUCUGGCCUCCUUCCGGGACAGUCUCAUGGUUCCCAUCGGUCAUUCUAGAGCUUGACUGGAGUUCUUUUUGAAUCAGGAUAAAUCUAGAAUCAUCUGUGCUUGCGGCACUAACCCUUGUGCUAUCCUAGGCAUGUUUACAUUAAAAGUGGGGUCAUCUGGACCCCACAAGACAGCGCACUGAACAUUUUUUUAAGGAUUUUUUGUCUUCACUGGUGUAGGGCUGCCACGAUUGGUCGACUAAUCAACCAUUAAAAUAGUCAAUGUAAAAUGUAAUAAUCAAUUAGUCGUUACUUUAUAUUCUAUGGAGUCAGAGUGAAGUAAAGCUGGACAAAGCUGUGAGUGUUCAGCACCAAAACAAUGAACUCUUUUUAUAUUUGAAUCAGUGAGACCAAAACUUUAUCUUUUGUGAAAAAUAGUUCCUUGAAUUUUAGGCUAAUUUAGAGUUUAGCUUCUAUUUUAGCA